AUGCCUCAUGCAACCGCUGCAGGAUACCAACAUAUACAAGUGACCGAGCUCGCGCCCACGUUUGGCGCCGAAGUCUCCGGCAUCGACUUCAGUAAACCUGUCGAACCGCACGUGUUUGCUGAAGUGCUAAAUGCAGCGACCAAAUAUGGCGUUUUAGUCUUUCGCAAAGCCGGGCUGGACGAUGCGCGACAUGUCGCAUUCAGCAGGCUGUUUGGGGAGUUGGACGACGUGAAGCCAUACCUCACGCUCGGUCGCAAGAACCGGUUUCCGUUUGACGAAUUAUUCGACGUUUCGAAUCAAGAGGACGAUGGGUCGAUAGUCCAGAUUGGUAGUAAGAGAGAGCAGAUGGGCAGGGGAAACUCCCUUUUCCACUGCGACUCUGCAUUCAACCCCCGUCGCGCAGGAUACUCGCUGUUACGGGCGCACGAACUCCCCCCGCCAGGCAAUGGAGGCAACACUGAAUUCGCCGACACACGCACCGCAUUCGACGAGCUUCCUGACGCGCUCAAGACUCAGCUUCUCGAAAACGACUACGUCGGCGCCAACAGUCUCUGGCACAGCCGGCGCAAGGCUUGUCCGGAGUCCGAGUACUUGGCCUCGAUGGAUCCAGAGGCGUACCCGUUCGGACGGCACAAGAUCGUACAGCUCCACGAGCCCUCGGGCCGCACGAACCUGUACAUUGCGAACCACCUGCACCACCUCGAGUACACGGACGGAACGAGGGUCCCGGAGCAACAGAGCACAGAGUUGAUCGAGACUUUGCUUGCGCACGCGACGCAGGAGAAGUACGUGCUGAGCGUCGAGUGGAGGGAUGUCGGGGACGUGAUCUGUUGGGAUAACACGUCUGUCAUGCAUCGGGCUGGAGAGGGUACUUUCCAGGGCAAGUACAAGCGGGACAUGCGCAGGACAACGGUGCACGAUGGCAGUGGCAGUGCUUGGGGGAUGAAUGAGAGAACGGCAAAGAGGAUGGGAUUGCCGUAG